AUGUCGGAGCAUCCAAACGGAAACAGCGAGAACAUGGCGCCGCAAGCUACUGGAGCAGCAGAGUUGGACAUCCCAGUGCCCGCCCCAAUGAUCAACAUCAGACUCCUGUACUACAUUGCAAACGUACCGACGACACGGCACUGGGCUAUGUCUCAGCACCAGUGGACAGAGACACAGAGCGGCGAGGUCGAUCUUCACGAUGACAACAAACAGGCGCUCGACGAAAUGAUAUCCUACAUGAGUGAGGGCCAGAGUUUCCAAUUCUAUAACGAGCAGAAGUGGAAGAGCGAGCGACUCACGUGGCAGCCGAGAGACCCGCACGCGCAUAUCAAGAAAAUCUGGCUCACUUCAAACUUGCAGCCAAGUAUUCUGUGCCUGAGUUGA